UAAUGCUUCAAAUUUAUGUUUAUGUUUUAGUUACUUUUUAGAGUGGUUUACAGGUGUUCCUCUGCAACCUCUGUAAUAUUUAAGCUGCACAUCUUUGAACAUGCCAAGCUCAAGCACAAACGCCAGACACUCGUGGCUUGUCUUGUAUGUACUCUUAAUUUUAGCCAUACCUAAUUUGGUUCUACGUUUAGAAGCCGAUCCCCAAACUACAGAGGCGGGUCAUGGCUGUAGUUCGAUUACAUAUGCAAAUACCACCGUUUUCAAAGAAAACCUCGACACCGUUUUCUCGCAGCUUGCCAAAAACGUUUCUUCAACAGGCUUCGGUACAGCUUCAGCCGGGACUGGUAUAAAUACCGUCUAUGGGCUUGCUCAGUGCAGAAAUGACCUAUCAAAGGAGGAUUGCAAUACGUGCUACACAGCAGCACAAAAUCAGAUUCUUAUUUACUGUCCUGAGGACACCGGGGCACGUAUGAUUUACGAUGGAUGUUUUUUGCGUUAUGAGAAUUCCAGUUUCUUUGAUCAGGUAUUGGAUGUCGGCUACUCAAACGUUUGCAUCUCUGGCGCCUCCUCAAGCCCUAAACUUUUUAAUGAAACUGUGCUCAAUUUGCUAGCGGACAUCAGAUCCAGGGCUCUAAAAAACGAGGGUUUUGCCAAAGGUGAAAUCAGUGCCAACGGAUUACCGACGGCUAUUUAUGGACUGGCUAUGUGCAGGCGGACGCUUAAUACCAGUAGUUGUGACCUUUGUCUUCAGACCGCUAUCCAGAUCAUACAACGGUGCUUUUCACUGCAGGAUGGAAGGGCUCUCGAAGCCGGCUGUUAUUUGCGGUACUCCACCGUUGCUUUCUUCUCCACUUCCUCUUCCUCAAGCCCUUCGAAGAUUGUGCUCAUCUUGGUCGGAACCUUGGGAGGUGCGGCUCUUAUUGCUGUAUUAUGCCUGUUGUUUAUUUGCAGGCACUCUUUUCGAAAGUUACACACUAAAUUCUCCAGCCGCAGCCGGCGUGAAGAAACAGAGGUAUAUUUUAUUGCUGAGGAAGACCCUAACUGGGAUCAUCUCUUUAGCUACGAUUCACUUCGAUCUGCAACUAAAAAAUUCGAUCCCAGUAUGAAAAUCGGUGAAGGAGGAUUUGGCCAAGUUUAUAAGGGAAUAUUUAACGAUGGCCGGGAGGUUGCAGUGAAAAAGCUUUUCUCACAACAGUCUACGAGGGCGUCGGACGAUUUCGUUACAGAAGUGAAGCUCAUCAGUGCUGUUCGUCACCGAAAUCUUGUUCGUCUGCUUGGGUGUUGCACACGAGGACUAGAGAAGCUCCUGGUUUACGAAUUGAUGCCUAAUAUGAGCCUUGACAGACAUCUCUUCGCAAAAACGGUGAAACCACUGAGCUGGAAAAAGAGAUUUGAGAUCAUUUUGGGAACGGCGCAUGGACUUGCAUAUUUAAACGAAGAAUCCCCCUUUCGAAUCCUGCACCGGGAUAUCAAACCUGCCAAUAUACUUCUGGAUAACGAUUUUCAGGCCAAAAUUGCAGAUUUUGGACUGGCAAGGCUGUUUCCAGAGGACCGGACACAUCUUACUACAAGAGUCGGUGGUACCAUAGGAUAUACGGCGCCGGAAUAUGCUGUUCACGGUCAUUUGACAGAUAAGGCGGAUGUGUAUAGCUACGGCAUGCUUGUUCUCGAAAUCGUGAGCGGUAGAAAGUACGUUGAUUCUAAACUUCCAGCACAUAUGGAACUCCUUUUGCAGUGGGCAUGGAGUCUAUAUGAGAAAAACGAGGCAUUUAGCAUGGUAGACGAAAGAUUAAUUGAAGAAGAACCAGAGGUGAAUAGAGAAGAGAUAUUAAAGAUAAUCCAGAUUGCUCUCCUGUGCACACAAGGAGUCCCUGAGUUGAGGCCAUUAAUGUCAAAAGUGGUGUCCAUGAUCACAAGCAAUACAGAUAUUCUGGUUCAGCCUACUCAACCAGCUUUUAUUGACAGCGAGUCCACUCCAAACGAAUUGGGUUCGGCUAAUGUUGAGUGGAUGGAAGGUCCAUCGGUAGCGUCAUCACACGCUACCGUAUCAAUCUCUCUGGAACCACGCUAAAUCAAGAAAAUAGGGCUCUCGCCUCCCUCAAGUAAACCCAAAUGCCUUUUGCAUGCAGUCAUUCCAAUGUUCAUGUUUGGUACGCAUUGAUUUCAAUUGAUGUGAAUGCCACAUUUAUUAUAGGUAAGUCAACUUGUUCAGUGCUCAUGAUAUUCUUAAAAGAUUUCAAAGAUUUCUUUUGUCUUAUUGAAUCCAUCUGGUGCUGACUUAAAAAAAAUUAUUGGUAGUAGUUUGGUUUGCUUUAAUAUAGAAAAAGAUGUUAUGAUAAAAUAUAUAUUUUGGACAUGAUAUUGAUUCUAAUAAGAUAAUUUCAAACUAUUUUAUUA